UCCCACACAUCGGAAAGCAUCGCCCGGCUGCGACGAUGUUUUCAUAAUGCGCAUCACACGUGGUUCAUAACCGCAAUAUCUAACAGCUGAGGGCAAUGAGAAACUCGCCCAAGGAGGAACGAGAAAGAAUCCGUAAACCUUCCGUAGGUGGGACGCGCGCGAGGGUUUUAAUGCAGAGCACGAGACGAUUUCAAAUUGUAUCUCGAGCGCAUUGCCACAGAUAGAAACGUAGCGCUCGUCGUUGUUCAGCAAUUAUCGUACUCGGAAACGUUCCCCUGGUGUGUCUUCAACAGAGGAGAGGGGAUUGCCGAACAACAUAAAUGUCUCAACAUGCAAAUAACCCUCUACUGUGAAAGUUUGUCGUCUUCUACGAGAGGAGAUACUGAGCUCGAGUCCACACACGGCUGACACGCGUCUAUCUAACGCUGGAUUGUUUCUCAUUCGCGUCUUCAAAAUGAAGAGAAGGCAAAAACGCGUUCUGCAGAUGGCAUUUCUAUUCAUGGUGGCUUUAAUUUUUCUGCCAAACGUCGGCCUUUGGUCAAUGUACAGAGAGAAGAGCCUUAUGAAGUCGCAUGAGCCAGGAGAGCAGGGCUUCCCAUUGGGCUUAAAUGAAGUACACAUUUAUACCUGGACAGACGGUUUGAGAAGAAGAGACUGGCAUGACAACGAGAGCAUCAGGAAAGACAGCCAACGUGUUGGAAAAGGGGAGCAUGGGAAACCGUACCCGCUCUCAGAGGAUGAGUGUGAUGACUCCGUAUACAAAGAGAAUGGCUUCAACAUCUACGUCAGCAACAAUAUCGCUCUGGACCGCUCCCUUCCUGACAUCAGACAUCCAAACUGUAAGCAGAAGCUGUAUCUUGAAAACCUCCCAAACACCAGUAUUAUCAUCCCGUUCCAUAACGAAGGUUGGUCCUCUCUGCUUAGAACCAUCCACAGCAUCACCAACCGCACACCCGACCACCUGAUCGCAGAGAUCAUACUGGUAGAUGACUACAGUGACAAAGAUCACCUGAAGGCACAUCUGGAGGAGUACAUGUCCAGAUUUCCUAAGGUCCGUAUCGUGCGCACCAAAAAGCGAGAGGGUCUGAUCCGCACACGGCUGCUGGGAGCAUCAGUGGCUAGAGGAGAAGUCCUUACUUUCCUGGAUUCUCACUGCGAAGCCAACAUCAACUGGCUGCCACCCCUGCUUAACCAGAUCGCCCAGAAUCCAAAAACCAUUGUGUCUCCCAUGAUAGAUGUGAUUGACCAUAACCACUUUGGGUACGAGGCACAGGCUGGGGACGCCAUGAGAGGAGCCUUUGACUGGGAGAUGUACUAUAAACGUAUUCCCAUACCACCUGAGCUACAAGGACCAGACCCCAGUGACCCAUAUGAGUCUCCUGUGAUGGCCGGAGGCUUGUUUGCUGUAAAUCGACAGUGGUUCUGGGAGUUGGGAGGAUAUGACACAGGCCUUGAGAUCUGGGGCGGUGAGCAGUUUGAAAUAUCUUUCAAGGUGUGGAUGUGCGGAGGCAGCAUGUAUGAUGUACCUUGUUCGAGGGUGGGCCACAUCUACAGGAAGUACGUCCCCUACAAGGUGCCUUCAGGGACCAGCCUGGCAAGAAUCCGUAAUGCAGCAUCUGGUUUGUGCAUCGACUCUAAACAUGGCUCCACGGGCACCGAGCUGCGUCUGGAUACUUGUCUGAAAGAGGGUGCGGAGCGAACAUGGGCACAUGAGCAGAUUUUCACGUUUGGUUGGAGAGAGGACAUCAGGCCUGGGGAUCCCCUGCACACCAGAAAAUUCUGCUUUGAUGCUAUUAGUCAGAAUAGCCCCAUCACCCUGUAUGACUGUCAUGGCAUGAAAGGCAACCAGCACUGGAGCUACAGGAAGGAUAAGUCUUUGUACCACCUGGUGAGCAACGGUUGCAUGGACUGUAGCCCCAGCGAUAAGCGGGUUUUCAUGAACAAGUGCGACCCCGAGACUGAAACACAACAGUGGAUCUUCCAGAAAGUCAACACUACCGUUCUGGACAAGUUCAACAGCGGUGCCAGCUCAUAGGACCUGGGGUUGUGGUCAAGCCGAUCAGCUGGCUUCCACACAUACACACACCUCCCACAAUCCUUAAUGUGGGCCUGGAUGUUCUUACUGUCUGGCUCUGGGUCCCUCUCAAGGUUCUGCAGCAGACUGAGAAAGUGCAGGCUCUUGAAAGAGGGGACUAGAAACACCGAGAGACACAAGGCUGGUGGAAACGCAUCCACAAUGAGCACCUUGCUGGUCGAGGAGAAAACAGCCUGGACUCUCUAGUAGGGGUCUAACUUGGGCUCCCAAUUGCUCCCUAUACAUUAAAAAACAGUGCAGCUUUAGGACUUUGGAAGUGAAAGAGUCCAGUGAAAGAAUGUUCUGUAUCAGUCUUUAAAGAUUGCAUGGGGGAUUUGUAUUAUUUCUUUUUUUUUCUUUCUUUUUUU